AUGGCAUCAAAAUACUUAUAAAAAUAUCCAGUACCUGAAGGUUUUCAUUAAAUAUUACAUGAUUUUACAAGAGAAGUAAAUAGAUUAGUGAAUAAAAAGGUAUUGAGAGAUUAGCCAGAUGAUAUAAUAAAAUAUGGAGCAGAUUACUUUGAAAGUAUGGCAUAAGGAAAGGAAUUUAAAUUUGAAAGCAAAUACAAUAUUGCUAAGGGAGAGGCUCCAGGUAGAGUACAAUUAGUGUUUAAAUUGAUAAUUAGAAUUAUAAAAUAAAUUUAAUAUUGUAAUAUGUACACAUGCCACCUAAACCUUCAGAUAUGACUGAAAAAGCAAAAAUAGUAGUAGAGAAAUCAAACAACAGACCUGAUAGCCAAUAAGUAAAAAGAGUGGGAUCUGGUAAUCCAAACAAUAUUUCUCAUGCCAGUUCUUAAGGAAGUUAUCCUGAUGAGAAAAAUGCUGCAAAAGAAUAUGUGAAUGAUCUUUUUGAAAAGAUCACAAAAGAUAUUGAUAAUUAUGAGAAUCCAAAAAUAGAUCAUGAUGACUAAAUUGAUUAAGAUGAUAAAAAUGAUAAAAAAUGAAGAAUUGCCAAAGUUGACUAGUUUUGUAAUGAUAUAGUAUUAAAAUAUUUAGGAUGAUAAAGAUGUGCAAAAUAUUAUUAAGAUUUAGGCUGCAGCUAAAGGAAAAAUAGCUCGAAGUUAAGUAAAUAAGAAUCAAAAAAAACAGUCUAAAGACGAUUUUAAUAAAAUAGAAUAGAAUUAGAAUUAAAAUAAGGAUGAAAAAUAAUAAAUUGAAUAAUAAUAAAUUGUUAAAAUUUAAUAUGAAGAAGAUUAAUAAUUUGGUUAGGAAGAAGAAUGA